AUGAAUUGUUUUUUACAGGCAAUUAUUGAGAAUUCCAUCGAAUUACACGAACAAGUUCGAGCUUUUGAACAAUCAAAUGAUAAAUCUAUUCUUAUUAUUGUUAUUGAUGGUCGUAUUAAUCAACAACGUAUGCAUAUUCCAUUCGUUCGACAAUUGCUCGAUAAAACUGACCUAUCAUGUAAUCAAACACCUGAUAAACCAUCAAAAUUUUUCAUUAUUUUAAUACAUUCAUCUGGACAAGAACUUAAUUAUAAAUCAUCUUUUCCAUCAAUAUUUUUACAUGAUUGGGAUUAUUGGUUUCUUGAUACUUCAACGCCUGGUAGUGCAUUUCAUUUACAAAAAAUGUUACAAAUCUUUACUUCAAAAAUCGGAAUAACUCAUCAAAAAGAAGUUUUAGAUAAUUCUUUGUGCGAUUUAAAUAUACUUUUCGAUGAUUGUCUAUUUGAUUUUGUUUCUCGUUUACAAAUUAAUAGUCUUAAACUAGCCGAUGAUAUGUUUAAUAAUCGAAAUGCUUAUGAAUUCUAUCAACGUCAAACAUCAAAUUAUCGACGUGUACAAUGUUUAAAAGCUAUUUUUCAACAACUCAAUGAAUUACAAAAACAUAUCAUAUCAUGUUAUCAUGAAAAUAUUUCAAUGAAAAAAGAUUCAUUGCGUAAAAAUUGCAAUUCAAUUUAUGAUCUUGCAAAAGAUACGCUAUGUGGAAAACAUUUUAAUGGUCUAGUCGAUUCCUUGCAUUCACGAAUGAGAUUAUCAUUUACAAGUUUUGUCUCAUUUAUUUUGAAAUUUAUUGUUGAUGAUUAUGGAUUAGAAUCUUUAACUAAAUUAUCAAAUAAAAAUGAUGAUUAUGGUAAAUUACUAGAAUUAAUUGAUUAUUCAUCAUUUUCUCUUGACAAUGAAAAUCAAACUACUCCUAUGAUGCAAAGAAUAUUAACAUUGAAUGAUCAUUAUGCUUGUAUUCCUCAAACGCCACUAUUCUAUUUAUUUCGACAACGCAUCAAGAAUUUAGCAGAUGAAAUCAAAUCUAGAUUAGCGGAUCAACAAAAUCAACUAAAUGAUUCGACUAGCACUUUCACAAAUUCUUCUCAACCGAUCAAAUACUUUUCUAAAUGUUUAGAAGUACAAGAUGAUCUUUAUUUUGAUAACUUUGAUUCACAAGCACCUGCACCACCACCAUCAACAACCAUGCGUAAUAAUUUGUACAGUGAUAAAAACGAAUCGGAUAAUACACGAGAACAAUUUCGUAAUCAAUUGAUUCAAUCGAUUACGAACGAUAAAAUCUUAAGCAAAAUUAUUUCAGCAUCGAUUCUACAAUCAUAUACGAAUGAUUUAAUUCGAAUUCUUUCGACAAUUAUUGAAAAAAAUUUUCAUGAUGCUCAAAAACAAUGUCAAAAAACAAUUGAUUUUGUUUGUCGCUGGUUAUUAUUAGUUGAUGAAGAUGAACAAGUAUCAUUAAAUUCUUCAUUUAAUCGUCAUAUUUGGCAACUUGCUCAUGUUUAUACAUCAAUUGAAUAUGAUGAAAAUGAUCUUCUGUCAUUAUAUUCUGCUUGUCGAAUAGCAGAAGAUCUUGAUCCCAAUCAAUCAUUUUACCAAGAUCUAUUAGCAGAAGAAAAUACUUCACGUUCAAAAGUUCGAGAAAAUUUAUUUCAAUUAAUGUUUUGUCGUUUAUGGAUUAAUCUUUGUCAUCUAUGUGAAACAAACGAAGAUACUAAAAAGUGGAUUCAAAGUUAUACAUUGAUAUCGAAAUAUUAUCCAUCAGAUAAAGUUUUACAACGACAAGAAUUCGUUCAAAUGAAAGUUAAAAUUGAAUUUAUGAGUUUAGUAUAUUUAAUAUUACUCAAUGAAAAAACACCACAACCAAUUAAACUUAUUCAACAAUUAUUAAAUGAUACAUCACUUAUACCAGAUGGUGUUGAUGGUCGUCAUAGGAAUUUGGAAGGAUCUAGUUGUCUACAACUCCUAUCUACUAUUAUUCAAACAAUCGAUCAAUAUUUUAAAGAGAAUAAUGCUAAUAAUCGUACAUUGAUGAUGGAUAUUCAACAAUGGAUCCUUGCAACACUAAAAGUAUCGAAAGGAUCGUCAUAUCAAGAAAUUAUUUCUCUAUUGAAAUUUUUAAAUCAAUCAACAUGUCAUUUAUCAUUACCAAUGAAACAAUUACUUUUUGAUGAAUUAAUUAAGAUUUUAAUUGAAAUUAGUCAACAAAAACGUCUGAAUGUUCCUCAACAACAAUUUACUGAUGCUUGGGAUCGUAUUUCGUUUUUAUCUGUGAUGACGGAAUGUAUAGACAAUGAAACUCUAGAAAAUUAUCAAAUACCCUAUCAUAUAUCUGUUAUUAAUAAUGCAAAUCAAAAUCAUAUGUUAAUGGAUUUACUAUUUUUCCAUCUUCGACGACUAAUAAAUAAUGAACAAAUUCGGCUAAGUUUUAUUAAUAAAAUUCUUCUUUCCAAUUUACCACGGAUUAAUAAUGCAAAUCGACUUUCUAUUGCCGACAAAGUAUUCAAACAAUUAAAAGACUAUUUUACUUUACUAACUACAGCUUUACUAUUAUGUCAACCUGAGUUAGAUAAUGAAGACCAACAAAAAAUCAAUCAGAUUAUUAGAACUGCUAUCGAUCAAUACUUAAUGAUUCCUACACCUUUCGCUCAACUAAGCAAAAAUCUUGAGCUUUUCUGUUCAGUUAUAGUUACGAAGAAAUCAUGGGAUUUUCUUCUUGAUCUACUUAAAUCAGAACGUAUUCAGCAUGUAAAUGCUACAUGGGCUGAUGCAUUACAUGAUCUAUUCACAGGAAAAUGCAUUACUCGACGAAGGAAACAUAUACACCUUUGUCAUCAAGUGCAAUUCACAUUAACAACUGAUAAUAAUGAAUCCAUUUUUCCGGCAUUACACGUGCCAUAUGAUGAAUUAAAUCAAUUAAUUAGUGAAUGUGUGGAAAAUACUGAUGUUGAAAAACGUUGGAUACCUUUAACGGAUUGGAUAACAUCGAAAUUAAAUUCAAAUCCACCACUUGUCAGUGCUACUGAAAUAAAAGUAAUGUUAUUAUUAAAUAUUUACUAUGUUUAUUAUUGUAAUGCUCAAUUAAAUUCUCUUGAUAAUCUAUUAACCAUUAUCGAAGAUAAACUACAACUAUGUAAUGAAGAACGACGAGUAUUUCGUGCUCUUCUACAACCUGAACAACAUAUGAUUCGAUAUCCAAAUGAAAUUAAUGUUAAAGAUAACAAUUAUCUUAAUGAUUUAUUUAAAAUUGAUUUUCAAGAUAAUGAACAGUUACCCAUUCGUCAUACACUUGUUAACCUUCUAGCGAUGAUCUUACUUGGUGGAAAAGAAAAUACUCUUUGGAUGGUUAAACAGGUAUGGCAUUUAUUGUUAUAUGAAUCGUCUGUAGACAAUCUCUAUCAUUCUAUUCUUGCUAAACAUGCGGUUAAUCCUACAGCAAAUUUGGCAGGUAUAACUAAAGAUAGUAUUCGCGCGAGAACAUGUUAUUUUGUUUGUACGCGCUUGUUAUCAACAAAUAUUUUUCUCCGAUUACAAUUGAAUCAAGAUGAUGCCUGUCUUUUAUUUAAUCAUUGUUUUGAAUUAUUUGCUCAACACACUCGUCAACUAGAUCAAAAUCCAUGGAUUAAACCAUUAUAUAAAUCAAAUACUGAGAAACUUGAAGCUGAAAAAGAAUUUCAAAAUAAAAUUUUCUAUCCUACAAAUAAAAAAUUGGCUGAUUAUAAACAAAUAAUUAAUACAUUACAAUCACAAUCUGAACCACAGACUAAAUUACUAGAUUACGCAUCUAAAAUGUCUAUUAUAAUUGAAGUCAUUAAUUUUAAGAUGGAAUUAUGCAAUCCUGAAUCGAGUCGAUUACCUUCAAUAAUUUUACGACGAUUACUUGACUCAUUCGAAUUUUUGAAAAUGACUCGAUAUAUUUAUGCUUUAAGUCAAUUUCAUUUUCUUAUACAUCGAACUUUUACUCGAUUAAUUGAACAAAAUGAAUUUCAUACAAUUACAUUGAAAGAAUUAUACGAACGGGCUUAUCAAUCAUUAAAUCGUUUACGUCGACCAAAUCAACAAGAUAAAUAUUAUAAAAUUAUUGAAAAGGGUAUCGAACCUGUUAAUGCUUAUCAUUCAUUCGCUAAUGGACAGAUACGACCAGGCGCCCGUGAUAUUACUCAACGUUUUGAAACUAUUUCAAUAGAUACACCCAUAAGCUAUCUAGUUGAAACAGACAGUUAUGAUGAAGGUGAUAUCAUAAUGCGUAUACUAAGUGUUCUUGUUAAUCACCAUAAUAAUCUUCUCGGUUUACUCGGAACAGAAAUCGAACAAAACGGUGAUACUCUCGGUUUAGGUCCAUUGAAAGAUAUUAUUAAAGAAUUAUUAGAACGAGAAAUAUCUAUUUUACAAAUAGUUCAUGAACAUAUGGGUAUUAUUACAUUGAAUCAAGAAGGUUGUCAAUGGAUUGAAAAAUUAUCUUGUGCUAGUCUCGAAAAUGAAAAAUAUUAUUUUCUGAAAUUGAAUACACCAUUAAAAUUUAAUUUUCUCUAUGUUCAAUCGAACCUUAUUCGAACUUAUCUUCUUUAUUGUCGUAUUAACUAUCAACAUAUCAAAGGAAAAUAUCAAUGUUAUAUUCAACGAAAAGGUCAAGGUACCACAAAUGGCGUUGAAAUCGUUGAUGAUAUCGAUAUGGAUUCUCUUAAUCGAUUAGCCGAUGAAUGGAAUCAUUUGGAACAAAAGAGUCUCGGUCAACUUCAAAAUGAAUUGAAUUUUCUUCAACGAAUUAUGGACAUUUUAAAAGAUGCUUCGGAAGAUCAUUCAACAGAAAACCUUUUAGAAUUUAUUCGAACUACUAAUUAUGAUGAUCGAUUUGCUGAACAAUUCGAGCAACAUCAAAUGAAAGAUUUUUCUUUAUCACAAAUAAAACUUGUCUGUCGAUUAUAUGAACAAUCAAUCAAUCAAUAUCAACAUGCAUUUAUCAAUGUAUCUCAGUUAAUUCGUGUUCCUCUGGAUAAAACACACAACGAUCAACUAGAUCGUAUGUUAAAAUUAUCGUUCAUUCCUUCGAAUGAUGAAAUUAAAAAAGAAGAAUUUCAAGAUAGAAUUGAAAAGAUAACAGAAUUUUUAAACGAUGUGAAGAAUGAAGAACGUUUCAUGGAGACUGAAUGGACUAAAUCGUUUUCGGAGACAUGUGCUAUUUUAUGUAUUGAAAGUCCAAUCAUACAAUUCAUACCUAUGGAAAUCAAAUGUGAGAAUUAUGUUCCAUUAUGUCUCAAAUUCAUUGAAAUACGAUCUCAAUUACAAGAACGUAUGAUUAAUAUUGAAGAAAAAACAGUCAAACUUUGGAGUGCUCGUUUCGAUAUUCCAGAUGCAGAUCGAUCAAAGGAAAAUAGUUUUCUUAUAUUCCGAAAUAAAGACGAUGAUUUCGUCGAUUUCAAUGCAAAUUCGAGACCUCCACUAGACCGACAGCAAUCUCUUAUUGUAGACACAAUAGGUACCUCUACAAAUUCAAUCGAUUGGUGGCAAAUAGUUGAUUUGCCAAAUGUUCCUGUCGAGCCAGCGAAACCUGCAAAUGUUCCAUCGGAAACAGUCUAUGAAGAAACAAUCCAUUAUACACCUAUAUUUAAAUUGAAGAUAAAAUCAAUAUCAUUACCACCAUCAGCCUUAUUUGAAAGUAGUCAAACACAACUAGAACAAUUAAAAUCGAAAUCGUCCAAUUCGCGUUUCGCUAUUACAUUUAAAGAUGGCAAACAAUUAAAAUAUCACUGCAAACCUGAAAAAUUCUAUAUACAAUUGAAAAAAGCAUUCGAUGAGAAAAAAAUAUGA